AUGUCCAACUUCCAAGAGGAAGAUGAUGAGGACUACUACCUCCCACUACAAGACCAGCGGGUUUUUGGUGCGGGUAUACGGCGUAAACGUGUACCCUUCGUGCGGUCAUCAGAACAUGAGCUCAAUACGAUAAACCCGACACGCCCUUCGUCUAUACCUCCGGGGCCGAGUAUCGCGGACACAUACCUCUCGAUCGUGCUUAAGAAGCCGACUACAAGCACAUCGCCGAGCACGCCAGAAGAUAGAGAGGUAUUAGCUCCAGAGCGCACCGCACACUCCGCACCGCCUGCAUCAGAAGCCAUCUCACCUCCGCCACCUGCUCCUACAUCCCACACCCAAUCCAAAGACCACUGUGAAAUAUGCAACCUCCCAAUAUCAUCAGAGCCCGUAUCAGACGAAACCACAGAUUCCUCAACAUCCCGACCCCACGAAGCCUCCCUCGCUCACCAAGUCUGUCUCCAACAUUCACAUCCACCCUCCCAUCUCGACCGGACUCGCACCGGCUUACGCUACCUCUCCAAUUACGGCUGGGACCCGGAUAGUCGUCUCGGACUCGGCGCAGCAGGACGUGAAGGUAUCCGUGAACCCUUGAAAGGGCGGAUCAAACAUGAUACUGCGGGCUUGGGCACGGGUCUGGAUAAAGAUGGAGAUCGGAUACGAGUGGCGCCGCCACCACCGAAGAAGAAAGUUGAAAAGUUGAAUGCGAAACAGGCACGGAAGGGAGCUGCUGAGGCUAGGAAGAGGGGAGAGAAACUUAGAAAUUUGUUUUUCCAGAGUGAUGAGGUAUUGAAGUAUCUUGGGGAGGAUGCAUGA